AACAAAUCGUGAUUAUAUAUUAUGAAAUUGAAAAAAAUCCUAAAGAAAGCAUUCCUACCGAAUGGUUAUCCACGAUCGGUUAGCAAUGAUUAUCUGGAAUAUCAAUUCUGGGAUAGUGUCCAGGCAUUCUGUUCAAGUAUAAUGAAUAAUCUGGCCACACAAGCCAUAUUCAAAGGUGUUGGUGUUGGUGAUGCAUCAGCCACUGUUUUGGCUGCAACAAUAACCUGGAUUCUUAAAGAUGGUACAUCAAUCAUUGGAUCAUUACUAUUCGCUACUAUACAAUGUACACGAAUGGAUUCCGAUUGUAAACGUUGGCGUUUAUUUGCCGAUCUAAUCAAUGAUAUGGCCAUUCUGAUUGAUUUGCUUAGUCCAAUAUUUAUCGGUUUUUAUUUCACCACAAUUCAAUGUUGUUCAGGAAUAUUACGAUCAUUGGUUGGAAUUGCUGGCGGUGCAACACGUGCAGCUUUAACACAACAUCAAGCUAAAUGUAAUAAUAUGGCUGAUGUUUCAGCUAAAGAUCAAAGCCAAGAAAGAAUUGUCAAUCUAUUUGCAUUGAUUUUUUCAUUGAUAUUCAUGCCAUUCGUCUCUGAUCAACCAGUAUUAAUAUGGACAAUGUUUACAGUAUUUACAACUGGACAUAUUUAUUCAAAUUAUUGUGCUGUACGUUCUGUAUGUAUUGAAGUGUUUAACAAAAAACGUUUGGCCAUAUUUUUGGAAAAUUUUCAUUUCAAAUCUUCUUCCAUAAAAAACAAUCUUUCUAUCGAUUCUAUAAAUCACGAAGAAAAUGUUUGGUUUUUUCUUCAAACAAAACAUGAUCAAAUAUUUGAAAAUGUUCAUUUCAUUUCUGGAAAACUACCAUCAUCAACAGAUGAAAUGCAAUCAAUGAUCAAAGAUCCUAUUAAUGAUCAAUUCAUAAUCAAUUAUCAAUCGAAUCAUGACAAUUAUUAUAUCCAUACGAAAUCUUUUGCCACCGAAAUUAUAAUCGAAUCUUUAUGUUUGUUAUUUAUACUACAAAAUUUGGAUCAUUUCAAUAACGAUAAUGUGUUUGAAAUACAUCAGAAAAAUAUGCCAAAAAUAUGGCGAAAAAUCACCGAAAAUGAUUGGAAUAUUUCACAUGUUUUAAUGGCUGAAACAUUUAUCGAUGAUGAUGAUGAUUGUGAUCAUGAAAAAUCUUAUUGAAAAUUUUUUAUUGAAAUUUUAUCAUUCAAAAAUUGUUGUUUUUCAAACUGUUGAAUAUUUACAUCUUUUAUUAAGAAAAAAAAAUUUUUUUCAUUCAACCAA